AUGCUAGCCCCUCAAGUUGAUACCCCAUAUUUUGCCUGUUGGUCCAUUCGAAAAAUCGGUUCAGCUGCUGUUGUCUUCUUCGUUGUUUCAGGCUUCGACGGUGGCGUACCGGGACCUUGCCCCAUGCCCUCGUUUUAUGUCCGCGGCAGCCACGAUGAGAAGUACAUUGGACGAACACUUGUCGGCAUGUCCAAUGAGGCACCGAGAACACUUCCAAAAGACACAAUGUCUUCAAAUUUCAGUGGAAUUUCCACCUCGAUAAACACGUUGGCCGGUUGGGGCUUGGGGGCUUAUCAUUGGACUUUCCAUCUCCACUACCCCACCGAGAUCCGGAGGAGGCGUACUGGUGGAUGGGCGGUCUUCAAGUCUGCCGCCACCUCCUCACCUCAUUGUCCGUACGAAAAGUCCGUCUGUACCCUCGAGCCGACAGUCCCCAACUCCUUCGACAUUUAG